AUGGUGUUGGGAUGGGACUACAAAUCAUCUGAAUUCACAUUACCAAGUACUAAAAACAAACGCUAUUGCCCAUUCGAAUGCAUCGAUUUGUUAACAACAAGUAAAGAUGAAUUUGGCACACAACGUGUAUAUAAAAAAACUUCACCGAAUUGUGUGAUUACACUUUAUCUACCGACACGCGAGAUAACACUAUCGGGCAGCAGUCCAUCCAUACUACGUGGUAUUGUUUUCGUUGAUCCAAAAGCUAUACAAGGUUAUCGUGUGUAUGCACAGCUGACUUUGACGUUUCGCUCCUGUGAUACCAACAGAUGGCGUCCUCUGAAUUCUGUUGAAUUAAUCAAUGUUAUAGCUCUUACUCAGAGCCGACCACCAAACGACAGCGCCAGACGUGAGAAUUGGACGUACAAUGGCCGUAUACAUCCAGUGUUGCCUAAGAAUUUCUUACAUUUUUCUAUUUUUUUCUUAUAUUUUGACAGUUAUGGUCGUGAGGAUGAGGAGGUAAUGGGUCUGCGCUUUUGUAAUGAGGCCAUUAUGUCGUUACAUCAAAUAUGGCCACGCAACGAAGAACCUGCACGAGAGUCCUUGAGUCCGUUGCAAGAAGCACUUGUUAAACGUUUGGGUGAUGGUGCACAUCCAUUUACACUGAGUCUGACAUCCCAAGCGCCACCUAGUGUGCAAUUAGUGCCAGCAAAACGUUACUAUGGAGCACCGAUUGGUACUAGUUAUGAUGUCAGAUGCUUUAUAGCUGACAAAACUGAUGAAAAAUUUCAUCGUCGCGCUUCCGUUAAAAUGGGCGUACGCGUUAUUUAUCGCACUGAUGUUUUUCAUCAUACCAACGGACCGGAAAACUUUGCAGCACUCAUCAACAGUCAAGCCGCAUCACCACCGAUGACGGCAGCUUUAACAUCUCCAACAACCGCACCAAUCGCACAGCAACCAUCAAGUGCACAGCACGAUACAGCACAAAUAACCGCCUCAACUGCUUGCGGCAAUACUGACAGCAUAGCUAGUACUUCCGCUACGGUAGAUAUUACUAACAGCAAUAGUAGUGGCGCCGGCGUUAGUACUGUAAGUGGUGCCAGCAGCUGUGCUGGCGAUAAUCGUUUGGCCCACUCUAAUGUCAAAGCACGUAAAUCGGAACGCGGUGAUUCGUUUCCUAAGCUUCGCUUAUCACCGAAAUCAUUUCGUUUUAGUGGCCGCUUUGGGCGCAGUAAAAGUGAAAUUGAGAAGUGUCCCAAUGAUCCAUUUUAUAAUUACAGCAAAUCAUUCCAAGAGUACGAUACCUGUACAGGUGGUGGACCACAAGGCGCAGUUGAUAAGCCCUUCCUGUUACAAGAUGGUCGCGUCGGUUUGCGCGCAAACUUGGACAAAGCGUGGUAUACGCACGGUGAGGAUAUAUCCGUUACUGUGAACAUACGUAACGAUAGCCGCAAAACGGUUCGCAAAGUCCGGGUCUGUGCCAUUCAACACGUAGAUGUGUGCAUGUUCAAUAAUGGUAAAUUUAAAAAUGUCGUUGCCGAUUCUGACUCACAUUCACCCACAGUAGAUCGCACAGUAGCGCCAGGAGCUACUUUAAAUGCAACAGUCAUAUUAAAACCUCAGCGAGGUCCAACAAAAAAUUGGAUUGCGCUUGAAGAUACUUUACAACGCAGCACGGAACCCGAUGAGAUUACAGGUGCCAUAGCAGCUUCAGCAGUACGUUCACCAAAUUUAUUUUUACCACCUGGACAUUCACCAAAUCCAUGUCCAAGUCCAGCAGUUGGUAUACCACAUGCUAUACAAUCUCAAGUACAUGGGCACCAUAACACGGGUAGUGGAAAUGUAGCUGAUGAUCGCAAUGUAUUUGCCAUAUAUGUUUCAUACUAUGUAAAAGUAAAACUUACACUCAGCGGCAUGGGAGGUGAAUUGUCGUUGAAAUUACCUUUCAUGUUGGUGCAUGUUGAUGAGAGUCACCAUUAUGCGCAUAAAUUAAGUGAUAUGAAAAUAGAGAAAUUAGCAUUAGAUGAUGUGCCACUUAAUCGAAAGAAUGGUAAUAAAAACAAACUUCUCAGCAAAACUACAAUAGAUCGUGAAUAUAAAACAACGCACACAUUAGAUCCUAUUGAAUCGAUUGAUGAUGAUUUCACUAUACCAGUACCAACAACAGCGGCUGCUGUUGGUGGUGUACAUAAAAACUCAACCAACAAACGACGACUGGUUCGUAGUGAAACUAUUGCAAAAGAUUUGGAUGAAGAAACUGAAAAUCAGCUGCAAGCGGAAGAAUUGGAUGAAAUUACAAACCCAACCACUGCUGAAACAAGUCUUGAGAAACAGGACUCACAUUUUUCAAGUAGUUUAGAAAUGGAAAAUGUACACAUAGUACAGGUACACACAACAGCUGCGGUUGAGACAGAGACGAAUGGUAAUCUAUCUGCGGAUGCGGAAGUGGUUGUUGCUGCAGCACAGGUGCAUAAUAUGAACGAAGAUAGUGUUGCUGAUGAUGCAAAUAUACUUGAGGAAGUCAAUAAUGUGUGAUUCUCAUUUAUUAAACAUAUUUUUCAUAAAAGAAAAAUUAAUUAAAUAUUUUUCAGGAAACAAUUGUUACCACAAUUAGAUUUUCAGACUCAAACACUUAUAGUAACCUAGUAAAGA